CUGCCACCGCCCGCCGCGCCCGCGGCCGCAGGAAAGCGAAAGGGCCGCAGGGCCUCGCACCGCCCCAGGAAGUCGCGAGCAGGAAGCUCCGGGAGCCGGCCGGCUGCGGAGCGGGCCCGGCGGCGCAGAGACCUAAGCCUCUGCAUAAAGGAGGAGGGGGCUCAAGCCGAACAGGACAUCUCCGCUUCCUUCCCAGCCUGUGCGAGUGCAGAGACGAGAGAGACUGGGAGCCAGGACUACUAACCUCUUUAUGAAGCGUCUGAUUUCGUGGCCAAAGCUCUGAGGUCCACGUGUAAAUGGCUCGACUCCCUGCCGGCAUUCGCUUCAUCAUCUCAUUCUCCCGGGACCAGUGGUAUCGAACCUUCAUUUUCAUUUUGACAUUUUUGCUGUAUGCAAGUUUCCACUUAUCUCGAAAACCUAUCAGCAUUGUUAAGGGUGAGCUCCACAAGUACUGCGCUGCCGAGAAUGAGGCUGAAGUCAGAGUCAACAGCCAGAGCCAGAAAGCCAGCGCCCUCCCCUCUCCCCAGCUCCCAGACAAUGCAACGGACUGCGGCUGGGCCCCGUUUGAUCAGGACAACUACCAGCAGCUGCUUGGGGCCCUGGACUACUCCUUCCUGUGCGCAUACGCCAUCGGCAUGUACCUGAGCGGCAUAAUAGGGGAGCGCCUGCCAAUUAGGUAUUACCUAACUUUCGGAAUGCUGGCCAGUGGUAUCUUUACUGCCCUGUUUGGGUUAGGGUAUUUCUACAAUAUCCACAGUUUUGGAUUCUACGUGGUAACUCAGGUCAUCAACGGGCUGGUGCAGACCACCGGCUGGCCCAGCGUCGUCACCUGCCUCAGCAACUGGUUUGGAAAAGGAAGGCGAGGUCUGAUUAUGGGGGUCUGGAACUCCCACACCUCAGUGGGCAACAUCCUGGGGUCCUUGAUUGCUGGCUACUGGGUGUCCACGUGCUGGGGCCUGUCCUUCAUCGUGCCCGGGGCCAUUGUGGCAGCCAUGGGGAUCGUGUGCUUCCUCUUCCUCAUUGAGCAUCCGAAGGACAUCGCCUGCUCGUCCACCCUGGUGGCGCAUCCGAAAAGCUAUGAAAAUGGCGUGCACAGGUUUCGGCUGCAGAAGCAAGCCCUACCCGACGAGAAGAAGCUGCUGGACCCAGAGACGCAGUGCUUGCUGCUGUCGGAUGGGAAGUAUGCUGUCCAUCAGAACCACGUGAUCACCCUCCCAGCCGAGGGCGGGGGCAGCAUGGCCGCCAUCAGCUUCACCGGGGCCUUGAAAAUCCCCGGUGUGGUCGAGUUCUCCCUGUGUCUGCUCUUUGCAAAGCUGGUCAGCUACACGUUCCUCUUCUGGCUCCCUCUCUACAUCACAAGUGUCGAUCACCUGGACGCCAAGGAGGCGGGCGAGCUGUCCACCUUGUUUGACGUGGGCGGGAUCUUCGGUGGGAUCCUGGCAGGCGUCAUCUCGGAUCGGCUGGGGAAGAGGGCCUCCACCUGCGGGCUGAUGCUGCUGCUCGCGGCCCCCACGCUCUACAUCUUCUCCACCAUCAGCAAAAUGGGCCUGGAAGCCACCAUCGCCAUGCUGCUGCUCUGCGGGGCCCUGGUCAGCGGGCCGUACGCGCUGAUCACCACCGCCGUCUCCGCAGACCUGGGGACUCACAAGAGUCUGAAAGGAAGCUCCCACGCCCUCGCCACCGUGACCGCCAUCAUCGACGGAACCGGGUCCGUAGGAGCGGCCCUGGGCCCUCUGCUGGCCGGGCUCAUCUCCCCGUCGGGAUGGAACAACGUGUUCUACAUGCUGAUGUUUGCAGAUGCCUGUGCCUUACUGUUCCUGAUCCGCCUCAUACACAAGGAGCUGAGCUGCCCAGGGUCAGCGGCAGGGGAUCAAGUUCCGUUUAAGGAACACUGACCACUCAGUCCUGCAGAGAGACGCCAGGCCCAUCCAUAAACUGUCUUUCAAGGAAAAGUUCAAAUAAAGGAUCCUGUGUUGAAAAGAAUGACUUACUCCUGCCUUUUGCACAUGCACCUGGAGAAGACACAAAAGCCACCUUGAGAACUCCCCGGCGCUGUUUCAGACGGGCCUGGCUCUCGGGGACCGCAGUGAGGAGGUGCCAUGGCCAUGUGGAGCCUGAGGGCACCUGGCACGGGCUGCGGGCUGCGGGACACUCAGGUGCCCUGUCUCUCAGGUAUUUCGGCGUAGAAUGCUCUAAGGACACUCCUGGAAGACAGUCGGCUCCAGCAGCACAAGGGAGGAGGCAGCCAGCAAGCAGCCCCUUCCCAGUGACGGAGCCUCGCAACUGAGUCAGACCCACGGAGCAGGACUGCUGGCACUUCCUCUCUGUGCCCACCUGACAGCCACUGUGAGACAGAGCAGCGAGGAAGGGGCACCAGGAAUGCCAGCCCCAGGGCCCCCGGGAUUCCCGUCAUCCCAGCUCUGGGCCCUGACACUGCUGGGCCCCUGUGGGGUCUGGGAAGACAGGGCAGGGGCCUGAGGGCUGAGGGGGGAGGCACUGGCAGUGGCUGGUCCCAGUGCAGAGUGUGUUCGCUCCCCACAGGCCGACACCUGGGACGGCGGUUUAUUUAUUUAGAGUGUGCGCUGUGCUGUGGAGCCUGGCUCACAGGCAUUUGUUAUUUAUUAAGACAGGCUGAUUGUUCCGUGGCCACUGUUCUCUCGGUUGUUGCCUAGCAAAACCCUUAUCUACCCUUUGAAAUAAAAUGUUUUUUUA